GGACGUGUGCAUAAGUGUUAAGCAAACAGGAAGGAUAGACGCAUAACGGGAUAACUUUGGAAACAGGCUAGUAAAGAAAGCCUACGAGGCUUGGAUUUUCAGUCAACAUUAAAUGUCAACAGCAUACACAAAGGAGCUUGACUCCCUGGCAAUUUGGUUUUAGCGCCGUCUCCGACUACUUUGUUUAUGACAACCAAUUACUGCCUCCAAGUAUGCAGAUGAGGCAAUUUUUGAUACAGACAGUGGCUAACUCAAAAACACCAACUACACGAGUUAAGGCUGUGGCAGCCCAAGUGAUGUGCCAUGGGUUACGACACUAGCCGCUUCGAGGGGCAUGUAGAUGAAGACCUGUUGUGCCCUAUCUGUAGUGGCGUACUGGAGGAGCCUGUGCAGGCCUCAGACUGCGAGCACGCCUUCUGCAAUGCCUGCAUCACUCAGUGGAUCUGCCAGCAGAGCACCUGCCCAGUGGAUCGCUCCCAGGUCACGCUGGCUCACCUGCGGCCCGUGCCACGCAUCAUGCGCAACAUGCUGUCCAAGCUGCUGCUGACCUGUGACAACAGUGCCUUUGGCUGCACAGCCGUGCUGCGUCUCAGCCAGCUGCGGGGGCAUCUCAGGGAGUGCGAACACAACCCCAAGAGACCAGUCAUGUGCGAGCGAGGCUGUGGGCUGGAAAUACCCAAGGAUGAGGAGGCCCAACACAACUGCGUGGGACAUUUGCGCUCUUUGGUCCAGCAGCAGCAAGGGAGGAUCGCAGACCUUGAGAAAAUGGCAGCGGAACAGAAACAUCAACUGACUGAACAGAAACGUGAUAUCCGGUUACUGAAGGCCUACAUGCGAGCCCUUCGCACGACAAACCCUAGCUUACAGAACCUGGAGGAGACCAUUGAGUACAAUGAGAUUCUAGAGUGGGUAGGUUCAUUGCAGCCGGCCCGUGUGACCCGAUGGGGAGGUAUGAUCUCCACACCAGACGCUGUUCUACAAGCGGUCAUCAGACGCUCACUGUUAGAUAGCGGCUGCCCUCCAUCCAUCGUUGCUGACCUAAUCGAGAACGCACAUGAGCGGAACUGGCCAGGUGGACUGGCCACGCUGGAAACGCGGCAGAUGAACCGCCACUACUACGAACUCUAUGUGGCAAAGCGCAUCCCUGGGAAACAGGCAGUCGUGAUAUUGGCUUGUGAGAACCAACACAUGGCUGAAGACAUGAUCCUUGAGCCUGGGCUUGUCAUGGUCUUUGCUCACGGAGUGGAGGACAUUUUAUAGUCUGAGUGCAACAGCAAUAUAAGCCAUCCCUUGGAUGGUGAGGGUAAACUGAGCAGGGUAUUAGUUUAACCUGUGUUGGAAGACACUGGAGGACAGUGUGGCCUUAGUCGCUCAGUUGAUUAUGUAGUUACGCUGCAAGUGUGUGGCUUAACGGCAUUUGCAGUUUACCCUGUUUCUCAGCUAAACUGACUGACCUACUGGUAAAUGCUCAUUUUCUUUUGCCACUUAUAGGCUAGAGCUGUACAGUCAACAGUUAAGGUUGCAUUGGGUGAGAUAUUGGUUUAACAGGCUGGUGUGAAAUGCAGAAGUGUUUUGUGGUUGAAGUUGCUGAAGUCCUCAGAUCACUAACACAUACUCUGCAACUUUUCUGUAUCUGGUUAAGGUUUCUUGAUGUACUUUGACACACAACUGACAACUUCUGUGCUGUGAAAAAAGCAAAAGGGUUGGAGAAUUUGAAGCUGCUGUUAAACAUAAUCGUGUUCAUCUCAAAUAGCCUUUGUCUCCUAACAACAAAUACGGCACUGCAAACAUUAGAAUACCUCACAUAUUUCUCACUAUGUUUUUGUGUGGUUCGCACAAAAAAAUGUGCAAUGUUAAUUGGACAAGGCAAUCCAAGGGUUUGUGAUUUUUUUUUAGAAUAGAGGCUUGGUCAUUGUUAGACAGUAUACCAAAAGUGGGGAUGGAAGUUGGUGUGCUGAACUUAUUUUUGUUAUGAAGUUUUUUUCAAUGUUGGGGGCAUGCAUUUUCCCAGGAGUUAGAACUCAUCUUAGCCAACUCCUCAGCAGCAUAAUCUAUAAUGGUAGUUCCUUGGACACAGCUUCAGCAAAGCUUGACCUGGUCUGCUUUUAGUCCUUAUGUUCAAUGAUCAAAUUUCCAUUUUUAAUUUUUCAAUACAUUCUUUUAUUUUUUACAAAAUGAUUUACUGUAAUAACUUCAGUGAAGUAUUUCUUCCUCUUCUCGUUCAUUGUAAGAGCCAACAAAAACAAAACGUUUUAAGCAAUAUAAAAGCAACAUUGUGGAGUUUUGGUCUACAACUAGCGAGCUCACUACCUAAAAACAUCCCAAAACCUUGUGAACACACCAAAAGCCCAGUUGGCACUGAUAAGCUUGCUAACAUGCUAACUGAUGUCUUUUGGCCUUAGAGUUAGCAACGUGGUGCUGUAAAGGCUAUUCUUGCAUUUUUCGCAGGGUGUUCUGUUUCGGAACUCAGAAACGAUGUAGUGCUUAGCCUGGGCGUCUAGUGGGGAUGAGAGGUAUGUUUAUCUGUGCCCCACAUGACCAUAGACUAUCAUAAGGAAUUUGAAGAUGAUACCAAAAGUAGGUGCCAAUAAAACAGUUCCUCAAAAAAGUGGUUAAUUGUUGAAUAGUGUUGCUUUGAUGUAUUAACACACCUUUAUACACAGUGAAGCAGUUUAGACUUCCCUGAAAUGCAGUAGAAUGUUCAGGUCUGCAGUGGUCUGAUUUAUUAAUGGCUAACUUGUUAAUGGUUUUGAAAAUGUAUUAUUUUUAUUUUAAGUGUUCUAAUGGUUUGACGGUAAAUGUUUAAUGCAUGAUUAAUGAAUGUGGGUUUUUAAAAUGGCUCUCAGGAAGUGAUGAGUCACUCAUCCAAGAUUUUGUUUACUUAUCUUCCUGCUUUCUUUGAGUGUUCUGAUUGCUUUCAGUAUUUUUGCUCUGUGACAGUGUUGCAAGUUGUAUACAGAAUAUUGUAUACAAUAUUGUAUAAUGUCUGUGUACCCAUUGAAGAAGAUAUUCCCUGUAAACACUCCGAUAUGAAUUAUAUUUGUGUUCUUGUGUGUAUGUGUUGAUAUCCACCUCUACUAGGAGAGGCUAAGUUAAUUACUACAGUCCAGAUGUACAGCGACUGAUGGAUCCACAGAAUUGGAUCGGUCUGUGUGGCCUUAGCUCAGGUCUGAGUGUGUCCUGCCAGUAAGACCUCCUAUUGAAUUCUGGGAUUGCAGCCAUAGUGGAAAGCUCAGCAAUUAAAGAGAGAAGCCAACUUAUUUUUCGCAAGCUCUCCUGGUCUCCGGCACAGCUUGUGAGGUUCAGUAUAUCUGUACGUGCUAAGCAUUGAGACAUUAUUUUUGUGUGAGGGUGGCUCCAGUGUUGAUCUCGUACUCGGGGCCCAAACGUGGACCUAGUGGAGUAUUUCAUCUAAUCUUUAGAAGGAUUUUCAGCAUAUGUGUUGUACAUGAAAUUCUAUUGAAGCAGAAACAUUGGGCCUAUUAACAGAUAGACCUACAGAAUACUUUUGUAAAGACAUUGAUCUUUCUCCACACUGCUCUCUGUAGCCCUAUGGGCCAGUAGGUCUCUGUUUUAGAGGAAAGUCACUCAAGAAUGUUUGGAUGGCAGUGCAUGUACAGACAUACCAGUGUCGAGAUUUACAUUGUUGUAUGUGCCGUCAGAAUUAAAAGAAAAACAUCAGUAGUGAA